AUGCCUGCUUCAUCUACCGCUGCCGCAAAGGUUCCACCGCUUAAAAAUCUACACACCAAACUGAAAUCGCAUAUCGAGAUUUUUAAGAGCAUAUCAGCAUUUGCGGAUAUCUUGGAAGGAGUGACAUCAGUGCAACAGAUUACUGUGAGAGUGGAAAAGUUAGAUGAAUUGUGGGAUAAAGUGAAUGAAACCCUAGUGGAUAUCGAAAACCAUGAUGACUACAAUCCAGAGACGAGCUCGGUCAGCCAGGAACGAUUGAGUUUCGCUAACACCUACUACAACUUGAAGGGAAAGUUCAUGGAUAAGAUCAAGGAGCUGGAAGAUACCGCAGUGCCGCAUCAAUCAACGAGAUUUAUGGAUUCGUCGCUUCUGCCAACCGUUGAACACGUGAAACUACCCCAAAUAAAGCUUCAAACAUUCAGCGGGGAUGUCGAUGAGUGGUUAAGCUUCCGAGACCUAUUUCUGUCGUUGAUACACACCAAGGCUGAUUUACCAAACGUAGAAAAAUUCCACUACCUCAAAGGAUGCCUCGCAGGAGAAGCAAAAGCGCUCGUCGAUCCGUUGUCCAUAACUGCAGCUAAUUACCAGGUGGCCUGGGACACUCUCAUGAAAAGAUAUAAUGACAGCAAGAUUUUGAAACGAAGGCAGGUUCGGGCGUUAUUCAAUCUACCAUAUGUUCCGAAGGAAUCACCAGCGCUCCUGCAAUCGUUGUUGGAAGGUUUCGAACGCAGUGUCCAAACGCUUGAUCAACUAGUUAAUACGGAGGACUACAAGGAUCUACUUUUAUUGGAAAUCUUGGGUUCAAGAUUAGAUCCGAGUACGCGCCGAGCAUGGGAAGAGUUUUCUGCCAGUAAAGAGAAAGAUAAAGUCAAGGAUCUAACCGAAUUUCUACAGACACGUGUGAAGGUAUUGAGCUGUUUGUCCUCGAAUGAGACUGAAACCAAAAGAGACCAGUGGCAGUUUAACAGGAGGCAGCCGGCAAACCGUGCAGGAAAUAGUGCGUCUAACUUUACAAUGAAUGGAUGUAUUGCGUGUUCCGAAACCCAUCUGCUUCAUCAAUGCUCUGCUUUCAAGGAGUUACCGGUUACAGAGAGAGAUCAAUUGAUUCGGAAUCAUAAUAUGUGUAGAAACUGCUUCAGACGAGGUCAUAUUGCGUUGAAAUGUAAUUCUCCAUACGUUUGCCGCAACUGCAAAGGGAAACAUCACACACUAUUAUGCUUUCAAUCUGAAGGAAGAGUCGCCAAUCCAGGUUUCACUGAAAUGCCAACGGCGUUAGAAAACUCACAGCCCAUCGAGCCUUCGUCAGCAGCGGGAACUUCUUCAUCAUAUACAGCCCGACGAUCCAAUACUUCAAUGUUGCUUGCCACAGCUGUUGUUCUUGUUGAUGAUUGCACUGGAUUUAGCUAUCCAGUAAGAGCGUUGUUAGAUUCUGGCUCUGAGUGUAAUUUUAUGACGGAAGCAGUUUGUCAGCGACUCAAAUUAAAACGUGAAUCAACAAACAUCUCGGUGGUUGGAAUAGGACAAGCUAGUAGCCACGUUAAACACCAGGUUUCAGUAUCAAUAAAGUCCCGAUUCAAUAAUUUUUGCGAGGAAAUGGAGUUUCUCGUGCUACCCAAGGUUACUGCUGAUCUGCCCACAGUUACUAUCGAUGCCUCCAAUUGGAAACUACCACCAGGAAUUAUUUUAGCAGACCCGUCUUAUUGUACCCCCACGGUAGUCGAUCUAGUACUAGGAAUUCAACAUUUCUUCGACUUCUUCCAGACUGGGAAGAAGAUUCCCCUUGGUAGUGGAUUGCCAACUUUAACCGAGUCAGUAUUUGGAUGGGUUGUGACCGGAUUGGUCAAUAAUUUGGGUGACUCACUGCAUACAACAUGUAACAGCGCUGCCUCACUGAAUUUGGAUGAUUGCCUUACCCGAUUUUGGAUUAGUGAAGAACUAGAACCUCCUAAUACUUACUCCCCAAAUGAAUCGCGAUGCGAAGAGCAGUUUGUACGAACGGUGCGCAGAGGAGCCGAUGGAAGAUACACUGUUACCCUACCCAAGGACGACAACAAAUUUCCCAACAUUGGUGAUUCGAGGGAUAUUGCUUACCGACGAUUGCAAGGUCUUGAGCGAAGAUUAGCAAAGCAACCGGAGAUUUGUAGCCAGUACAUGCAGUUUUUAAGUGACUACCUGGAACUUGGACACAUGAGAAAAGCAGAAGUCAGCUUAGACAGAGGCAGAUUACGAUGUUUCCUUCCACAUCAACCAGUUUUAAAGGAGACUAGUACAACGACUAAGCUCAGAGUUGUAUUUGAUGCCUCGUGUGCAACAUCAAAUGGAAAUUCUUUAAAUGAUAUAUUGCUGGCUGGGCCGGUAAUCCAGGAUGAUCUCCGAUCAAUUAUCAUUCGUAGUCGAACCAAACAGUACAUGAUUGUAGCAGAUAUCGAAAAAAUGUUUCGACAAAUCAAAAUUAGUGAGGAAGACAAGCCCUUGCAGUCUAUCCUUUGGCGUAAUGAAAGAACCGAAGAAGUGGAGACCUACGAAUUAACAACGGUAACCUAUGGAACUAAACCUGCACCAUUUUUAGCUACCAGGGUUCUGAAACAAUUGGGUAUAGAUGAGAAGAUGCGGUAUCCCAAGGCAUCUGAGGUCAUUGUUAAGGAUGUAUAUAUGGACGAUGUACUAACCGGAACCGAUGAUGAAGCAGAAGCAAUUCGAAUUCAAUAA